GGCGGCCAGGCUACUGUAGGAAGAUUUUGUAAUUGAUGUUUUGUGCCCGAAAUUACCGUGCUCAAUUAUCUAUGUUACGUGCACAUAAUUUUGUUUCUUCACAUAUUUCUUAUAUAUUUAAGUUAUUUUAAUAGUAUAAAGAUCUUACUAUGUCGGAAAUCGAGCCAGAAGUAGAAGAUGUUGAAGAAACAGUGGAAGCUGACAAUGCGGCAAAUGAUAAUGGUUCUGUGGGGGGUCCAGAAGAAUCUGAUAAUGACAAUGAAGCUGAAGAAGAUGCCGACCAAGAUGCUGAAGCAGAUGAUGAUGAGGAAGAAUUAGACGAUACUGGUGUUGAUGAGGAAAAUUCGCUUGUAAUUGGAGAUGGGGAAGGAGAAGAAGAUCCAACGACCCUCUUGGAAGCGAUCAAGAAAGAUGACAGAGAAUUUGACACUCGAGUGGAAUCGGAUCGAUCUCGUCGGUUUGACUAUCUUCUUCAGCAAACAGAAAUUUUCUCUCAUUUCAUGACAAGUGGAGCUAAUAUGAAAGGUGGAUCCCCUGUCAAGUUGAAGCCUGGUCGACCAAAACUUAAGAAAAAUGAUGAGAAAGCUAAAUUGUCAGCUGUCGGAGACCACCGUCAUCGUAUGACUGAACAAGAAGAAGAUGAAGAACUACUUGCUGACAGUCGUAAAAGCUCGAAGCUUGUUACUCGCUUUGAAGCCUCUCCACAAUAUAUUUGUAAUGGGGAACUUCGGGACUACCAAAUAAGAGGUUUGAACUGGAUGAUAUCUUUAUACGAACAUGGCAUUAAUGGAAUACUGGCUGAUGAAAUGGGUUUAGGUAAAACUCUGCAGACAAUAUCUCUUCUUGGAUACAUGAAGCAUUACAGAAACACUCCUGGUCCUCACAUGGUUAUUGUACCGAAAUCAACCCUAGCAAAUUGGAGAAAUGAGUUUGAAAGAUGGUGUCCAUCUGUUCGUGCUGUUUGCCUUAUUGGUGAUCAAGCCACAAGAACUGCAUUUAUUAGAGAUACUUUGUCAACUGGUGAUUGGGAUGUCUGCAUUACAUCAUAUGAAAUGAUUAUCCGAGAAAAAGCAACACUGAAGAAGUUUAACUGGAGAUAUAUUGUGAUUGAUGAAGCUCACAGGAUAAAAAAUGAGAAAUCAAAAUUGUCUGAAAUUGUAAGAGAAUUUAAAUCAAACAACAGGCUGCUGCUGACUGGAACUCCUCUUCAAAAUAAUUUGCAUGAAUUGUGGGCUCUUCUGAACUUUUUACUACCUGAUGUUUUCAAUUCUUCGGAGGAUUUUGAUGCAUGGUUUAACACUAGUAAUUGCUUAGGGGAUACAACUCUUGUUGAGCGAUUACAUGCUGUACUCAGGCCUUUCUUAUUAAGGAGAUUGAAAUCUGAGGUGGAAAAGAAACUUCCUCCCAAAAAAGAAAUUAAAGUAUAUGUUGGUCUAAGCAAAAUGCAAAGAGAAUGGUAUACAAGAGUUCUGAUGAAGGACAUAGAUGUUGUAAAUGGUGCUGGAAAAGUUGAUAAAAUGAGACUUUUGAACAUUCUGAUGCAGCUUCGUAAAUGUUGCAAUCACCCUUAUUUGUUUGAUGGAGCUGAACCUGGACCACCAUACACAACCGAUGAACAUUUAGUAUACAAUUGUGGUAAAAUAGUGAUUCUCGACAAAUUGCUCCCAAAACUGAAAGCACAAGAUUCUCGAGUAUUGAUUUUCUCUCAGAUGACAAGGAUGCUUGAUAUUCUGGAAGAUUAUGUGAUAUGGAGAGGUUUUCCUUAUUGUCGUUUAGAUGGACAGACCCCACAUGAAGAUCGAGAGCGUCAAAUAAACGAGUUCAAUAAACCUGGAAGUGAAAAGUUUAUCUUCAUGUUGAGCACACGAGCCGGCGGUUUAGGUAUUAAUUUGGCUACGGCAGACAUUGUUAUUCUUUUUGACUCUGACUGGAAUCCACAAGUGGAUUUGCAGGCUAUGGAUCGUGCUCAUCGUAUUGGACAAACAAAACAUGUUAAAGUUUUUCGACUUAUAACAGAGAAUACGGUUGAAGAAAGAAUUGUUGAACGAGCAGAAAUCAAGCUAAGAUUGGACACCGUAGUUAUUCAACAGGGUCGACUUGUGGAUAGUCAAGCUGCUAAACUUGGAAAGGAAGAGAUGCUUGGAAUGAUCAGGCAUGGAGCUGAUCAUAUCUUUGCAUCAAAAGAGAGUGAAAUAACUGAUGAAGACAUCGAUGCAAUAUUGGAAAAAGGAGAGAGAAAGACUCUUGAUAUGCAGAAGAAAUUAGAAUCCAUGGGUGAAAGUACAUUAAGAAAUUUUACCCUUGAUGCUCCUGCAGAAAGCGUGUAUCGCUUUGAAGGUGAAGACUACCGAGAAAGACAAAAGACCGCAGGAAUUGGUCAUUGGAUCGAGCCGCCAAAGCGAGAACGUAAAGCCAAUUAUGCCGUUGAUGCCUAUUUUAGAGAAGCUCUUAGGGUCAGUGAGCCUAAGGCUCCAAAGGCGCCAAGACCUCCUAAACAACCUACCAUUCAAGAUUUUCAGUUUUUCCCUCCACGGCUUUUUGAACUGCUUGACAAAGAGAUCUUUUAUUUCCGGAAGACUAUUGGAUAUAAAGUUCCAAAAAAUCCGGAUUUGGGACCUGAUGCGGCUCGAUUCCAGAAAGAAGAACAAGAAAAAAUUGAUGAAUCUGAACCUCUAACAGAAGAAGAAAUAGCCGAAAAGGAAAGGUUGUUAAAUGAGGGCUUUACGAAUUGGUCUAGGAGAGACUUCAACCAAUUCAUAAAAGCUAAUGAAAAAUACGGGCGUGAUGAUACUGACAGUAUUGCUAAGGAAGUUGAGGGAAAAACUCCAGAUGAGGUUCAUGAGUAUUCUCAAGUGUUUUGGGAACGCUGCCAUGAACUUCAAGACAUUGAGAGAAUAAUGGCACAGAUUGAAAGAGGGGAAGCUCGCAUUCAAAGAAGAGCAAGUAUUAAGAAAGCCUUGGAUGCAAAGAUGGCUCGAUAUAGAGCUCCAUUCCAUCAAUUAAGAAUUGCAUAUGGCACGAAUAAAGGCAAAAACUACACUGAAGAAGAGGAUAGAUUUCUGGUCUGCAUGUUGCAUAAGUUGGGUUUUGAUAAAGAGAAUGCUUACGAUGAGCUACGUUCUGAGAUUCGCAAAGCACCACAAUUUCGUUUUGAUUGGUUCAUCAAGUCUCGAACUGCAGCUGAACUUCAACGUCGUUGUAACACAUUAAUAACAUUGAUUGAAAGGGAAAAUCAAGAAUUGGAAGAGAAGGAAAAAGCCGAAAGGAAAAAACGAGGUCCAAAACCAGGCAUUCCAAAAGUGCCACAGAAAAGAAAAUCUGAUGGAAUUCCUGAUGGAAGAGGUAGGAAAAAGAAGAAAUAAAUCAUGCUCUUGAUUUUUAAUCAUUGUUGUCAUCAAUACUUAUCCGAGUGGGAAUCAUUGUCUAAAAAUGGAAUUUUGCUUCAAUUUUAUGCUUUAAAUCAGUACAGAGAAGCCCUAAACCCUUAGCAUCUCUUGUUUUUGCUUAGAACUUUAAUUUAUAUUUACAAAUAGUGAAUGUGGAAAAUUAUUAGAGGUAGACUUUUCCAUUUUCAUUGGCAUCUUCAUUGUACAGUUUGAUACUGUGUUUUUAUCUGUUAAUAAAAGUGUACAUUUUCAUUUCAA